AAAUACUGUUGGUGUCGUUUAGCACAUGUGCCCAGGGGCGACUUUGCUGUCGGGUGGGCCGGGCAGAAGCAGCCAGUUUCUCGGCUAUAGUGAAACUUGCCCGUUCUUUUCCACAGUCCGCCCAUCAAUUCAACCACCACGCAUCCCGGGCUGCUACGACGCAUCACGAACACAAGAUCAAUUCUUCCUCGUCUUCUUCUCAGCCCGCCCAAGCGCCAUGAAUCCCCUCGCCGCUCUCCGCCCCGCGGCCAUCCGGCGCAUAGCCCUCCCCAUGGCUCGCCGCUCCCUCAGCACAUCAGCCCGCCUCUUCAACGAGAACCGUCCUCGCAUGGUCCCCGAUGCCGAGCCGCAAGAGCUCGAGGUAGGCGAACUCCAGGGCGCCAAGUUCCGCAUCGAACCUCUGCGCCGCGUCGGCGAGGACGCCAACACCAAGCGCGCGCGCCUCGUUUAUCAGUCCCGCAAGCGCGGCACUCUUGAGAGCGACCUCCUCCUGUCAACCUUUGCCGACAAGUACCUCGCCACAAUGACACCCGAGCAGCUGACGCAGUACGACUUGUUCCUCGACGAGAACGACUGGGACAUCUACUACUGGGCGACGCAGCACGAGCCCACGUCCACGACCAACCCUUCCGUAGCUACAUCUACGGCCUCUGCAGGCGCUGUGGACCCCAAGGACGUGCCUGUGACGCCGGGCCAGGAGAACGAGCAGGGCAUUGUGACGAUGCGCCAUCCGCCCAAGGGCGAGUGGGCGCAGACCAUUGGCAACUUCAAACCUGCGUACAGACCUGUCCCUGAGCGCUGGAGAGGCGCCGAGGUGCUGCAGCUUCUCAGAGAGCAUGUCCGUACAAGGAGUGUCGAUGGCGAGGAGGGCAAGGGCUUUGCCUUUAUGCCUCCUCUGAAGGGUUAAUCAACUAACCAAACUUUCUUCUUUCCCUCUCCAUUCUGUUCAUUUCUUUGUAUUCAUAAAAUCUGGAGGUGUUGUAGGAUAGUAUUGCGUCCGCGAGAUAUAGGAAACGCUAAAACCAAAUUGGAUCUACGUUCAUAUUUUCACAUAAUUUAUACGUAUAGCUGGUGAUGUAGAAGGACAGUCAUAGUAGAAAAGCGGCAAGAUGGCCAACCAGUUCAUCAUUUCGUCAUGACAGUAGAAAAGAUAAGAGGUAGAAAAAGAAGAACAAAUCAGGCAUAUAUAUGACAAAAGAAGCGCACAGAAUAUGCCCGCCAAACAAGAAUCCCAGCCCUUCUCUUGCAGUCCCCCAAGAAAUACAAAAACCCUUCCAAGACUGUAAAAUGCGCGCUCACUCAUCAAUCGAUGAGGACAGUGAAAAGACAAAAUCAUCAAAAGCCAUGCCGUGUAAGUGGUAUCAAACUCCCUUCCGUCCAAUUGUCCCAAGUGUGUUGUAGUACGCCCCAUGCCACCGUGUUGCUCCGAAACAAAAGGAAAAUAAGCGCCGUAAGACUAGAGAAAAUAGAAAGGUUGCGUUUAACAGAUAUAGUGUCGUCCUCCUCUUUUUAUACGUCUCAUGAUUCUGAGCGUCACGCUCCCCCAUCAGGCAGAAUCUUGCCCAAGCUUCGCAGCACCUCCAUCAUGGGCAUCGCCCUCGUGCCGGCGCGCGUCUUCUCCUUUUCUUCGCGCGCCUUGAGCUGCACAGCACUCGAUGCCAGGACCUUGUCUGCUUCUUGGCUUGCCACGAGGACACGCUGCUCCAGCUUAUGCACAUUGUCGGCAAGCUGGUCCACCUCGAAUUCUAGCGACUCUUGGAUCUUCCGUAUUCUUGCGUCUGUUGAUUUGCGGACAGAGGCGAAUGGUUCCAUUUCGGAGGCAAGAUAUGUGCGGAUCUUGCGCUCUUCGGGGUCCAAAAGGUCAAAGUCGGGGAGGAUGAUGGCAUCGUUGUCAGACGCAAAGACUGACGGUUGGUCCACGGGAGGUUUUCGUAUUGAUAGCCAUGCUUGCUUUUCUUCUUGUAAUCUGCCAGAACACGCAAUUAGCACACCAUACGUACCAUCAUGUUCUAUUUCUUACCGUUUUAUUCUCGCUUCUAGAUCGUCCAUCUUCUGAUCUAGUUCCACAUUCUUCGGGUUCGGCUUCAGCAGCAGCGGUUUUCUAGGCCGGCUGUCGUCUCGACUGAGCCAAUCUGAAAAGUCGGCCGUUUCGCCAAAUCCUUUGAGUAUUUGAUCCUGUAUAGGACGCGCUAGUUGCUUGUUAGCAAAGACAUAAGAUCAAUGCGAAGACAAA